AUGAAAGAGGUGAACAAUCAUGAAUUGGAAUUAAAGUCUUUAGUCGGGCAUGUUACUUGGGUGAAAAUUGAAUCGCACUUUGAUAAAAUCAUUAAAGCUGAGAAAGACGUUAUUACAGUCAGACAUAAAAAGAAAUUGAUGGAUCUUAAUAUAGCGGUGGAUGAUACUGUAUUUAAAAAUAAACUCGUGUAUAACUUUUCUUAUCGAGCGCUUACUCCUGCUGAACAUACUCUAUUAUCAAAAGGGUGGAGAUAUGCUAUAAAUGUAAAGAAAUUGAAUUCAAUGAAUGUCAAAGCCGACUUAGAGUAUCUCUUUUAUUGCCUCGAUCGAAAUUCAUUAAUUACAAGCAAUAAUCUUACAAAAGUUAAGUAUCUGCUUGCUGAAUUCUGUAAUAAAUUGAAUAAUCGAAUCGAAAGUGAAAUUCCUAAUUUAUCAUGUGAUGAAAUCAAGGCUAUGAAUACACUAAUGAAUGAUCAUACAUUAGUUAUAACCAAAGUUGACAAGGGUAAUGCUAUAGCUGUGCUUAAUAGAAUUGACUAUUUGGAUAAAGCUAAUGCUAUAUUAGACGACAAAAAUUUAUUUGUGUUAAGAAAUAGAAAUUUAACUGAAGAACGUGAGAAAGAGUUAAUUCAUUACUUAUUGAAGUUAAAGAGAGGCAAAAUAAUCACGGAAAAACAAUAUGAUUUAAUGAGACCGAAGACUGGAUCACGUACGCCUUAUGUUUGCUUAUUUCCUUAUGUUGCUUAUUUCCUACCUAAGGUGCACAAAUCUACUCUUCCUGUUCGUCCCAUUAUUUCUAGUUAUGAUGCUUAUAAUCACAAUACAGCCCGAUAUUUGGCUAACUUAUUAUUAUCAUCAAUAUCAGAGUCUGACUCAUAUUUGAAAGAUUCCUUUGAAUUUGUUCAUAGAAUAAAACAAAAUAAAUCUCAGCCUGGUCUUAUAUUCAGUCUAGAUGUAGCAUCAUUAUUUACGAAUGUUCCAUUGGAAUUGGCGAUUACAAUUGCUAUAGAGAAAAUUAGAAAAUAUCAUCCUUCAUUAACUAUAGAUGAUAAUAAUCUAAGACAACUAUUUUAUUAUUGUACAAAACGGACCAAUUUUACAUUUGAUAAUCGUAACUAUGAUCAAAUAAAUGGUGUAGCAAUGGGAAGCCCACUAGCUCCUAUUUUGGGACAUUUAUUUAUGACUAAUCUGGAGCUGAAACUUAAAGAAUUUCGGGGGAAGAAGCCUGAUAUAUAUCUUAGAUACGUAGAUGAUAUUUUUGUUUUAUUACAUGGUACACAAAAAGAUGCUGCUGCCUUAAAAAAGUAUAUGAACUCACUACAUCCUACGAUCAAAUUUUCUAUUGAAGUGCAGAAUGACAAUAAGCUGCCAUUUUUGGAUGUAAUGGUGGAAAGAAAAGAUAAGGAACUCAUCACAUAUGUUUACCGUAAACCAACAGAUACUGGUCUAUAUUUAAAAUGGACCAGUAAUCAGCCUAGAAGCUACAAAAUUAAUUUAUUAAAAUGUCUAUGUAUUAGAGCUCAAAGAAUUUGCUCAACGUCCACUCUUCUUGAGCAGCAAUUCCAGUAUUUUAGAAUAAUGUUUCGUGCUAAUGGUUAUCCAAAUAAUGUGAUUAAUAAAGUGAUUAGAGGUGUAAAAUUAGGUAAAUCGUUGCAGCAAAAUAAGUUGCCUAUUAAUAAACAGGGGAAAAAAGUGUUUAUUCCAAUUCCUUAUUACGGAACAUUUACGCUGACUCUAGCUAACAAACUCCGAAAUAUAGUUAAACACCCCUUGAAAGAAGUAACUUUCUCCUUUAAAUCGAAUAACCGUUUGUCGAAUAUAUUCAG